GGGUGCACAGAGUGCCUGAAAAGGUGGAUGUGUGUGUCCUUCUAAAAGUUUUCAUCGGUGGAAACAAGGCUGUAGAGGGUUUCUUCUUUAUAGGAUAAAGCGCUAAAGCUAUUGAGAUAAGGCUACAUAUCCUACCAAGUUAAAAAGAAGGAACACACACAGAGCACACCAGACACACGAGUGAUUUGCUAGAAGUUGAGAUGAGAGCAGGCUGAAAAGCCUCCAGGCUUUAACCAGCAAAAAAGUUUCACAUGGGCCGGUUUCUUUUUCUUUUCUUCUAAUUUUUCUGAUCAGGUACACUGUUGACGGUGAGCACUGAUGUAAAACACACACCACUGCUUGAAUAAAAUCCAUUUCAGACACCGGGUGUGAAAUGGGGAGGAGGCGACUGAGCAGAGCGGGCAGGGGAAGGUGUGAAGUUAGAGCACUCCCAGCAGCGGCGGAGUGGCACCACCCGCCAGCGCUGUCCGUGGAGGGUGCUCCCGCCCGCCCGGUGCUGCCGCCUGGCCUCUCUACCUGCGCUGUUCCCCAACCCCUCCUCCGGCUCCGCUGACUGCUCCCUCGCCGUCACCCUUAGCUGCUUCUUCCGCGACAGGGCCCGGGCACCCCCUGCGCCGGGUCACCGGGGAUGGUCCCCGAAUUCGGUGGUCAGGGAUCUGGAGCCGCGGCUCCCAACGUUUGGAGCUCAUCGGUUCGGAUUAUUUUAGGAUCCAUGCCUCUCUUUUCCCUUCACAUAUGCCAAGAGCCCCCUUUAGUAUAGUAUGUUUAUUAUGGGUACAACUUGACCUCUAACUUCUACCUUGAAGCCCAUAUCAGAAAGAGAAUGGGGCCAGUUUUAAUGCCUGUUGGGAGGGGGUGAAUCUUUGCAUCCUCUUUCCCUACUCUGUGGAAGAUCUGCUCCUAACCCCAAAUUGUAAGAAGAUCCUUUAUACUUGUAAAUAGUUGGGGGGGGAGGCAUUUUACAGAUUUUUUUUUUUUUUUUUAAGAAUAGACUGGAGGUCUAUUCACGCACGGCAGGUUAGUUCAUUUAAUCCUAGACCAAAUCUUCCCCAGGAACAGUGUUAAUUGCAUAAAAAUUUCAUGCAAACACUUUUCAUUUUUCUCAUAAUAAAAAUCUACUCUGGAAUGAAUGGCUUAAGCGCACAUUCACUUGUUCAGAAAGGUGUUUGGGGAUUUUCACUGUGCCCCGCCUGACUCUUCCUUUCAGUUGGAUAUUUGCACAUCUCAUUCCAUCUUAACAGAAAAUACAAAUUCUUUAUUCACAGAGAGGGAAGUGCUUUUAAGUCAGAGGUGGGUUUAGGAUAAUCAAGUUUAUCCCAUUUAGGGAAGGUGUGAAAGGGGCGCAUAAAAUCCCUGCCGAAUGUCUAAUUGAUGUCCCUUUAUCCAGUGCUCACUGUUUCCUACAGCCGAGGACAACUUCACAACCCCCUCUCAAUGCCCAGCCCUCAGGAAAGAGAAGGAAAGGGAGAAAGACACCCUCCGGUUAAGUCAGCUUGUGUGCUAUUUUUAGCCUUUUUUCGAAGGAUAGUGACACAUUAUUUCGUUUCCAAAUAUUUCUAACGAUUUUCUGCUCAAGUGUAAGAUAAUGGAGCAAAGAGUUUGUAGUAAUGGCAAAGAGCAGGUGGGGGAUGGGGAAGGCGUUUUUGAUAAACGGUUUGUUGCUCACGGGGAGGGUAACAGUAUUUCUGCUGACUCUCCAGGCGGAGAUUUUUUUCCCUUUUCUUUCCUUUCCUUCCCUUUUCUUUUUUCUUUUCUUUUGUCUUUUCCUUUUUCUCCUUUUUCCCCCUUUCCUUCUCUUUUCUUUCCUUUUCUUUCUUCUCUUCCCUUUCUUUCUUCCUUCCUUCCUUUCUUUUUAAGUAAGAUCUGAUUUGGACGACGCUGUUUGGCUCCCAGUGUUGAAGACUCCAGACUCGAGUCUUCGCAUUUUGUUUUUGUUCAAAGAAAGCGCUUCCCUGCCUCUGCAGGACUGCCUGCUUCAUAAUAAACACGACGAAGGAAGGGGUUCAGCACUUUUUAGUAUAAAUAAACCGGCGACUCUCGAAGGGCAUAUAUUUGGGGAAAGCCUUCACCGGCCCCAUUCUUUUUCCUGGGGUUCCUGGAUUUUAGUCUUCUGAGUGGAUCCUCCGGCCGGAUUGCUAGGACCCUGCACUUAUUAAGAGCAUAUAUUUUAAAUUAAGGCACAAGGAGAGUCUCGAAAUGCACGCAUUCUACCAAGCGUGCCUUUCCUUUCUUUUUCUCGCUUGCUUGCCCUUUGCUGUCCCCUGCUCCCCGGCCCGGGCCCCCUUUCCCAUUGCGCCCGCUGCUCUUGAACUUGUUUCUGGAGGGGCGGAAGGCGAGGGCUCCCGACCCUCAAGCAGCUCUUCCCAAAGCCCAGAUUUGUCGGUGUUAAUGCAUCUGACAUCAACUAUUCAGCUGGCCGGUAUGACCCUUCGGUGAAGACCCCCUUCGAUGUAGGUUUCGAGGGCGUGGGGGAGGUGGUAGCCUUAGGCCUCUCUGCCAGUGCCCGGUACACGGUGGGCCAAGCUGUGGCUUAUAUGGCACCUGGCUCUUUCGCGGAGUAUACCGUGGUGCCUGCCAGAGCCGCGGCCCCCGUGGCCUCUGUGAAACCCGAGUAUGUCACCGUGCCGGUGAGCGGUACCACCGCGUACAUCAGCCUGAAAGAGCUCGGAGGACUCUCCGAAGGGAAAAAAGUUUUGGUGACGGCAGCAGCGGGGGGAACGGGCCAGUUUGCCGUGCAGCUUGCCAAGAAGGCCAAGUGCCAUGUCAUUGGGACCUGCUCUUCUGAUAAAAAGUCCGCUUUUCUGAAAUCGAUCGGCUGUGAUCGCCCCAUCAACUAUAACGCCGAGCAUGUCGGUACGGUCCUGAAGCAGGAGUACCCCGAAGGGGUCGAUGUGGUGUAUGAAUCCGUCGGCGGAGCCAUGUUCGACUUGGCCGUAGAUGCCUUGGCUACCAAAGGGCGCUUGAUAGUCAUUGGGUUCAUCUCCGGCUACCAGACUCCCACCGGCCUUGCGCCUGUGAGAGCAGGAACCUUACCGGCCAAACUGCUGAAGAAAUCCGCCAGCGUUCAGGGCUUUUUCUUGAACCAUUACCGUUCUGAGUAUCAAGCAGCCGUGGAGCACUUGCUUCAGAUGUGUGUGGACGGAGACCUGGUUUGCGAGGUGGACCUCGGAGACCUGUCUGCAGAGGGCAGGUUCAUCGGCCUGGAGUCCGUAUUCCGGGCUGUCGAUUAUAUGUACAUGGGAAAAAACACUGGGAAAAUUGUACUCGAACUACCUCACCCUGUCAACAGUAAGCUAUAAACUCAGAACGAUGGCAGAAGUCAAAGGAGAAAGAAAACGGGCACCUUCUUCCUCAGAAAGAGUCGAAUCAGUUUAUUUUUGGUGGGUAAUGGAGAUCAUAUCUCUUAAAAGGUGUUAACGAAUGAGUUUCUCUCUCUCUCUCUCUUUUUCUUUUUUGCCCCUCCCUUGAAAAAAAAAUGCCAAUAAAAACUUCCCUCGAUGGCUCAGAGGUAAAACCGUUACGUUCAGUUCUUUGGCCAUAGACAGUCUCAUUCCAGGCUUUAUUGUUCCAGGGAAUUAAAUUAAUUCCUGAUGCAAGAUCCGAUCAAAUCAGUAUGCCUUCAGCUUGAUGGGAUUUUAAAAUCAGUCUUGAAAAUAGUUCACAAAUUCCUUACUUUGGGAGAGUUUGGUCUUCCGCUAACGAGCAGUUAAUAGAUAAGAGACAGGGCAGGAGGACAGCCAUCUAUUCUCAGAGUCCAUAUUCCCAGGAAAUGGCCCUUCCUUUCUUAUAAAUCACCAACUAUCUAAAUGGAAAUUUGGAGGAAUUCUCCCAAAACUUUGAUUUUUUUUUUUUAAUUUGUUUAGAUCAUUAGGAAAAUGACUAAGUGAACACAGACCUAUUUUUUAAGAGUCUCUGCUGUUUAAUGCUUUACGCACAAUUAUCCUGGGGAGGCACAUGUGGCAUGGGAAACCUCUCUCUUCCCUUAAGAAGCAAAUUAGUGUUGAAAACCGAUGAAGACAAAGGCAGAUUUUGGAAAGGGGCUCUACGGAGAUCUGGGGGUUACCUGCCCGGGAAGGAAAGGACGUGCUUCAUCCACGGGGAGGGUCUGCACAACAAAACCCCCACCACGAGGGGAGACGCACUCUCUAGGCACACCGCCAGAGGCUGAUAACAGCAUCCUUCGUAGGCCUGAGGUGGGAUCCGUCAAAGGGCACCAUGCGGAGGAGGGGCUUGAUGGGAUGGGAAAUAAUAAGAUACUUGCUCCGUGUUGCAGACUUUCUUGGACACCGUGUGUUUUCUCUCUGAUGACGGAAACAGAAUAGCGAAUAGCGUGCUUAGCGUGGAACGCUGUUCCUCCGAUUUCACUUCUCUGUGCCCUCGCUCUGUGGGGAUGAGGAGCUCCUGGGCACCGCUGCCUGGGGUCACACGUGAGAGUCCCGUCAUGUGCCUUCUCUCGUGAGCCAUGCCCACCGCCGACGUGCCUGCCCCCUCGCCUUCAGCUCGGCUUUCGCCGUUCCAUUGGAAAUCCCACGGUGCCUUUCUGAUUGAAGGCAAAGCCCACCAGAUCCUUUUCUCAAAGCCUCUGGCCCCAGUGUAUCUAACGCGCUAAAUAAAUAGGAACGCAAUUAAAGAUGCUCCGGGAAAGCCGGUGACCAUAUUUAAUUUUUCUUUCCUCCCGUCUGAGGAGCGAGGAAAUCCUACUGCUGAAUAGCUGUUAGUAUCUAUUUUACAAGAUUUACUCAUUUUCAGGUACCUAAUGUAGCUGCUAGCAUGCAUGCACAACAAUACAAUUUAUAUGGUAAAUGGGACCAAAUAAUGGCUUCACUGAAUGUUAUGGCUGCACUGAAGAGAAAUGUCACGGUAAAUAGCUGCCAAAUUAUGGAUCAUGCCGAAGUGUCACAACUGCACUAAAGACAAAUAGCACUAGAGGCUACUGCCACCGUGACGCUUUUGAGUUAUGAAGAAGGGUAGAAGCCUGAUGCAAGCCUCUUUGUGUCCUCAUUAUAGCAAGGGGUGACGAGUGCAGGGUACAAGAAAAGCUGGCCCAAUGUGGUGCUCGGUUAUUAAUCUGUCCCUUUCAGACCUAACAGCCACGGCCAAACGGAAGGAGACUUCGCCUCGCUUUUGGAUACGCACACAAACACAGGGGAGGGGACAGGUUUUAUGAAUGUAUCUGCACGGGAAAUGACUGGUAAUGGGAAAGCGCUGCGAUCCAAUCAUCCCAUCAAAGAACAGUCCCCGUGUGUGCUGCUCCCCGUGCGGAUAGAUGUGCGAAGUCUAAGCGGUAAUGUACUUUCUCCCUUUGUCAAGGCGAGGAACCAGGACGCUGCCAGCUCUCGCUUCUUACAAACUGAAGUGCGUCCCGGUUUCUCUCAUUUUAAUGGGAGGGUAAUAAAUAUGAAAGACCAGCAUUUUAACGGAUGGAUCCCUGAAGCCGCAGAAUAGAAAUUUAUUAUGUUUUGAAGGAAUCGACUAAAUUCAGCUAUGUAGAAAAGAAAAAAAAAAAAGACAUUUUUUUUUCAAACACCCAGGUUUAAAAUAAAACAUAAUCUGAAAUCCUCGUGCUCUCCCCCCGCCCCAAACUAAGAAACUACAGGACAUGCUGUUUUCAUUUAUUCUUAGAAAACAAGCAUGAAAGAUUCCGCCCAUUCAGAUAAUGCCAAAAAUAUGUUUAAACUUUUUUUUUUCCUCAUUCUUCUGAAAAAUGAUUUGUAAAUUGAGGGUCAUAGUUCAGCAUCAGUUUCAUCUUCUGGGAUUAUCGUUCAAGACCAGCGUCUAACGGGAGGUGAAAUGGUGUGAUGUUCUCAACACCUUUCUCCUGAACUGUUAUCACAGAUCACAAAAAGUACAUCCAUAAUUCAGGGCGAUUGUCAGUCUUUGUUUUAGACACAGGGCCGGGGCUGAAUGAUCAUGGUGGAUGAAUUACUUCUCGGUUCUCAGGGUGGCCUUCUCUGCGCAUCAGCCUUGAGGUCUCUGGCUGGGCAGACGGAGCGGUUGACUGGUAAGCGAGCCUAGAAGCUAUUCUUUGCCGUUCCGUUGUGACUUCUAAAAAACCCAAUGCCGUCCCUUCAAAUUUGUUUUGCGCUCAAAAGAAAAAAAAUACCAACAUCGUUAUUUCGGGUCUCUCUGACAGUGAAUUCUGCUAUUGAACGAUGUCAGCAUCCAAAAAAAAAGGUCCGGAAACCGGGAAUAGUCUGCAAAGAAAUGACACAGAAGUUUUUUGCUCGAUAUGCUCUAUGCGUUGUUAUUAUGUGAUUCCAUCUGGAUGGAGUUUCCCAAGGGUAGGAUGGAGCCUUUAUAAGUGGCCACUAGUAAUCAGCCAGUAUUUAUCUAACGAAAGUGCAGUGACAGGUAGCUGCUGCUUAUUAAAAUGAAAAUCCUACAGUAUGUACUUAAGGAACAUUCCAGCUAACGAGGAGGUAACGUCCUCGGUACAACACAGACCUUCUUUUUGUGUCCACCACCACAAGAUGCUGGAAACUUGACAAAUGAUAUCAUUUAAGACACAUGCCUGCCGUAGGGACCUGCUUUCUGGGUUCCUGUUUCUGGCUUUUAUUUGGGUAACAUUUAUAACGGCCACCCGACUUGUAACGGGUAGGGUUUUAACCCUUUCAUGAAGCUCCCAAUUAGCAUGAAUUUACUACGAUUGGGGUUUCCUUUAAAAUGGGGAAGGGGGCGUUUAGGACUGAAAAUAUUUUUCUUGAUCACUUUACCACAUGUACACAUGGGGUAAAGGCCGUAUUUUAGAGUUACAUAAAAACAGAUGAGCCAUGGGGAACUUUCAGGAAAAAUACGAUAGAAAAAGACCAAGCACAACCAACUGUGGGCGAUACUUUCCUAGGGGCUACUGUGCACGUUCUGUGAAUGUAACCCACAUGUGAUGUGGCCUGGUUUGAUGGGUUCCUAAUCGCUGCUCUCUAUCCUCCUGCCUCUCUUCUGGUUUUAAACACCGUCUGUUAUUUAUAGCGCUUAUUUAGAGACCCAAAAUGUAUCUCCGCAGACGUUUUGGGGUUUGGGAUUUGCUGGGGUUUUUGUGACAGUCAGAUGUUCUGUAACUAAUGUUUUAGUUAUGGCCCAGAAUUAAAUAUUUAGGAUCAUAUUUCAGAAAUCAAAUGUGAAACGCUGGAUUCUCGACACCACGGAUGUGGGCAUGUCAAACUUUAAAAUCGGUUGCUUAGCCUUACGUUAUUUCAACCUGGAAAAAGAGGACUGUUUGAUACGAGAACCUUAUUGCUGUUACCAUGAGCAAAUGAUAGGACGCCGCCCCCCCCC